AUGUUCUCCAUCGGCGGCAACAAGCCUCACUCAAUGCGCAAGAGGAUGAUCAGCAAUAUCUACAGCAAGUCAGUGGUCACGGCAUCUCCUGUGCUGCUAGCUCAGAUGUCAACCAUCAUGUACAAGCGCUUUUUGCCUUACCUUGAAGGAGUAUGUCGCAAAGACGGUUGCGUAUUCAACAUCUAUGCGCUUCUCAGCGCCUCCACCAUGGACAUUGUCAACGCCUACAUCUUCGGUCUCAAGGCAAGCUCCAACCUCAUCGACAACGCAGAUCAGCUGACGUGGUUCCUCGGCCUCUAUAACUCGCGCAGAUCCUACAACUUCUGGCCGCAGGAAUUCCCAGCCUUCAGUAGCUUCGUCGAGAAGUGGUUGGGUUAUAGGUUCGCGCCGAAGUGGGUCGAAGAAGCGAACGAAGAGAUCGAAAAGUGGACGCAGGAAAUGUGCGAGGGUGCUGGACUUGUGUUAGCACAGGGUGAAACAGAGGCAGAAGAUACUCCAGUCGUGUACCAGCAGCUUGCGACGGCUCUGACCAAGGAGGCGAAGAAAACGGAUCUCGAGAAGACUGACUUCGCUCCGGUACUGGCCAGUGAAGUGCUCGACCAUUUGGCAGCCGGUUUCGACACGUCGGGCAUCACCCUGAACUACCUUGUCCACGAACUGUCGCAGCGCAACGAUGUGCAGUCUCGUCUUCAGGACGAACUUCGCACGCUUUCACCUCGUCUUUCACCUUCUUCCGCGCCAAGCUUGCCCGACCCAAAGGCGAUCGACACACUGCCAUUCCUACACGCUGUGAUCUGGGAGACGUUGCGUCUGCACUCUGCUAUUCCAGGCCCGCAGCCACGCUUUACGCCACCACAAGGAUGUCGUCUAGGGUCUGAAGAGCAGUCGUACUACGUACCCGGUGGUGUAAGGAUCAGUGCCAGCGCUGGCUUGCUGCAUGCGAACGAGGAAGUGUACGAACGCGCGAGCGAGUGGAGACCGGAGCGAUGGCUAGACAUGGAGCGUCUCGACGAGGAGAAGAGGAAGGAUAUGGAAACCAGAUGGUUCUGGGCGUUCGGCAGGGCGAUUGACUAA